AUGCCAUCCUGUUUCCCUCGCCUAUCAUUCAAGGAAGGGCAAGCCGAGGCCGCCUUCGAGCCAAAGAGGAGAGUGUCUCUGGUCGAACACGGUAAAGCUGCCGAGACUAUGAAGCUCCUAAAACGACGUAGUACUGGUACAUCUACUGCUGCCUCUGAUGCUGACACUGACCCCUGGGCUGACCUGCUGGAUGGUAAGGAGAGGCGUAUGAGUGCUGUACACAACCAUCAUAAUUACAACCCUGAGGCCCACGUAGACGAGAUUAAAAGCUGCAGUGUAGAGGAACGGGCUGUGGCAGCUGAGCACGACAAGACCAUCGACGAUCUAGCACAGGAAUGUUCGACCAUCAUUGAUUCAGAAGAGGUUAGUGAGGAUAAGCCGAGAAGGAGGGGCCUUCGAGACGUCCUCUUGCCCAAACCUAAGCCCACAGUAGUCGCCGUCCUGGUGACAGAAGAAAAGACAGAUCAGCAUGGGCUGACUGAAGCCAUAGUGUCAGCAAAUUCAAAUGAAGAUGUGAAAAUUCGGCGCGAGAGUGUCCUCAAUUGGCACCUUCCGAGCCAGACUGUUAUAUUCUUCGACUGGGACGACACUAUCUUCCCCACCAGCUGGGUUAAAUGGUGCUACCCUCAACUGCAAUGGUGCAAGCGUUGCCCCAAGGAUCCCAUAUAUAGGAAGCCCUUGAAGGAGUGUGCUAGGUCAGCAGCUAGGCUACUGCGCGAGGCAAAGGCCUUGGCUCAUGUUGGGAUCGUCACUCUGGCGACUCAGCCUUGGUGUACGAUAUCAGUACGGAACUUCAUGCCAGAGUUGGAGAAGACCAUAGAGGAGCUACAGAUACCUAUCAUGUAUGCUGGCACUACUAUGGACAAGCAGAUCGCCGCUGAUAUCAGGGCUAGUGGGUACUGCGUCAACACCGUCAAGAAGCAGAGAGCCAUGAAUUUCAUGUUGUCGAGAUUUUAUGGGAAAUAUCAAGGACAGUCUUGGAAGAACACGAUCUCUAUCGGUGAUGCUAGAUAUGAACGCCAUGCUCUGCAGAAUGCUGUCAGCGAGCAUCAUAACGACUCCAAGCCCUGCAAGACGAAGACCAUUAAGAUGAUGUCUGGUCCGGAGAUUGAGCAGCUCACGGCACAGCAUAAGAUUCUCAGUGCGUGGAUGCCCUUCAUUGUCACCAAUACAGGGGACUUCGAUAUUGAUUUGGACGAUGAUUCAACUCUAUUGCGGGCCCAUCACAAGUUCUUCACUGGGGAGGACGUUGACAGGCGGGGGCGCCCACUUCGGAAGCCUGAGGUCGUCGCUCAGGAGGAGACCACAAAACGAGAGUCGACCUCGUCAUCGAGUUUGCAGCUAAAGGCUACUGAUGGCGAUGGAAGCAAGCACGAAGAGAAGGAAAAACCCACAGAGGGAUAUCCCAAUAGUCGUUGUACCAGAUGUGUGGGCCACGGAGGGGACCUGCCAGGCUCCACUGCUGAUCUGGCGGCAUCUGCCGUAGCCCUGUAG